AUGGCGGCUGCGCAACGGCAGGUCUUUUCUAUGCCCGGCAGUCUGGACGAGGACGAAGUGGAAGAGCUGGCGAAUGUGACGACGCUGACUAAUGAUGACAGGGUGAAGGCCAUCAUGGAGAGAUUGGGCUCUGUACAGAGGUCGUCUUGGGACGAGGUUCGUAAAGCGCUGGGCAGCCUUGCCGGCGCUGGCUUCAGUGACCUUGUCUGGGAGCGUGUCAUGAGGGCCUCAGCUGUGAAGUUGAACUUCUGGGACGAUGAUGCGGCGCUGAUUGCCUCUUGCUGCGAGGUGCUGAAGAAAGAGCUUGGCCAUGAACGCCCUAGCAGGGAGCCCUCUGAAGCCAGCCUCAAAGACCAGGACGAGGCAGCUCAUAUGCUGAAAAGGCUCCAGGACAGCAGAGGCUCCUCGAAAAGCUCAGCGGAUAGCACGGCGAAGUCCUUUGGCUCUCCCUCUCCUACCUUCCACAUGCGUUGUGACACGGAAGUGUCUAUUGAUACCAUGCAGGUCCCGAGAGCAGCUUCCAAAGACUCACUGGACAGUGGAGCCCUUUCCAGCUCGACUUCACUUGCCUUCCAACACAGAAUCUCCGAUGCGAGAGUGGCUACGGGUAUCUUGGAGAAGUCCAAGGCAGCGUCCAAAAAGGAGGAUCUCAUCCUACAAGAUGCCUCUGCUUCUCGGCUGAUGCAGUUCAAGUUUACGAUCUUCCUUUUCGUCUUUGUGCAGAUGGCUUUCUUUGCCACCUACCAAUUCUUCUUUGAGACGCCGAAGACCUGGGAACUUGUCGGCUUGCCUAUCCCCGUCGCUCGUGGCUUUGCCUACGGAGCAUGCUUCUGGACGGGCGUCCUUUUCCUCACCAUGUCCCGAGACUUCAUGUCCUUGUUGGCACGUUGCGCAUGUGUGCAGAGAUCCCAGCUCAUCAUGCAGCUCAUUAAUUGCCACAAGGAGCUCCAUGUUUUCAGCGCCUGGCAGGUUCUGUUAGAUAGCCUUGUGCACACAGUGAUGCAUCACAUUGGCACCUUCCCAGCGCUCCAAAGAAACACAGCAAAAGAACUGAACGAAGUGCUGGCCUGCGCGGGCGAUAGCGCCGGAGGAAACUUUUUGGCGAUCUUUCAAUAUCCAGCUUGCCCAUUGCCAGACGCAGAUAUUGGCUACUUCGCUGGUGUCCUGUCUACGCCCGGAAUUACGGGCUACCUGCUGAUGGUGGUGAUUUUCCUGCUGGGUUGGUUUUCUCGUGCCAAAGAGAGGCGCGCUCACUUCCGAGUAUUCUAUGCUCUCCAUCAUAUCCUAGUGCCUGCUUGGGUCAUACUACUGGUUCUCCAUUCCGCUAAUGGCUGGGUGGGCCUUGGCUUUCCACUGGUUAUCCUGGUUGCGGGGAUUCCCAUUGCUGCAUAUACAUGGACUCGAAGUCGACGAGCCUACCUCGCGUGUUGCUGUCCCUCCACCUUGCUGGAGGCCGAGAAGUCUGUGAAUGGCAAGCUUGUCCGCAUCGAGGUGCAGCUAAGCCGUGGCUACCGCAAGUGCAAGGUUGGAGAGUAUGCAUACAUGAAUAUUCCAAGCUUUUCGCGCUUUGAGUGGCACCCCUUUACUAUCAGCAAUAGCAAGGAUGAUGGGAAUGGAGGUCAGCUGAUCACCUUUUGCAUUAUGUGUGUUGGCAGCUGGACCAAAAAGCUCCACCAGAACUGCGCGGCUGGCCCGUUCCCGCGCAUCAACAUCGAUGGCCCAUUCUAUGCUCCCACUGUCAGCAUGCCUUUGCGUUCCACAGUUGUGGGUAUUGGCGCAGGUGUUGGAGUGACCCCAUUCCUAUCCUUCUUGGGAAGUCUUGCAGGUUCGCAGGAGCACCGCAAAAACGCGCAUGUUUUUUGGAUGUCGUCAUACGCCACCGACUUCCUCCUCUUCAAGGACCUCUUGUUUCAGCUUGAGAAUCAGGGCAGUGGCAACACGAAGUGCCACCUCCAUGCCACGCGCGGUGGAUGGGAUGGUAAAGGCUUGGGCUGUCUGUUUGACCUGGCGACUCGGGAGCUGUGGAACGAUUGGAUGCGACGCCUUGCCGCGAAAAGCACUGAAACCGUACCUACUUUCUGUCAUUACCCGAAGCCCUUGCAUGCCAUUGUGUCCGGAAGCAUGUUGGGGUCACAAAAGCCCUUGGCCAUCGUCAUGGGCCGGCCCGACUUUAUCGCAGAGCUUCUCGCCAUCGGUCAGGCUGACCCACGGGAGAAUGUUUUCGUCUACUUUUGUGGUAACGACCUCAUCAAGAGCACCAUCCAAACAGCGUGCGUCGCCUGCAACAAGCACAAUGAAAGCAGUGGCUGCACGCAACGCUUUUACUUCUAUCAUGAGCGCUUUGACUGA